AUGGCCAAAUGCGGCGUCGCCCAGAUGUAUGCACCGCAUGGAAAAAUUAGGGAGGGGGCUAGUGGUGGUGGUUUGGUUGUGUUUAAGACGACGAUUUUGUUGCUAGGAGAUGGUAGCGGUGGUUCUGGCGAUGCUGAUGGUGGAUCUAGAGUUGGUGGGGGUGGAUUUGGCAGUGCAUCUAGCAGUGGCGGUGGUGAUGGUCCUAGUGGCGACGGUGGUGGUCUAGUAGAGGGUGGAGUGGGGGCUAGUGGUGGUGGUUUGGUUGUGUUUAAGACGACGAUUUUGCUGCCAGGAGAUGGUAGCGGUGUUUCUGGCGAUGUUGAUGGUGGAUCUAGAAUUGGUGGGGGUGGAUUUGGCAGUGCAUCUAGCAGUGGCGGUGGUGAUGGUCCUAGUGGCGACGGUGGUGGUCUAGUAGAGGGUGGAGUGGGGGUUUUGGCGAUGACAGUUUUGAUGGCGAUGCGGUUGGUGAUCGAAGUGAGGUUGUAG